AUGGCGGUCACCGUCUUACCAAUGAGCUCCCUAACCGAGACCGUUAAACAAGCCGUCCGGUCCACAACAACAUGCUCCGAUUCAACCGUGUUGUCCCUCCAAACCCUCCUCCGCGGAUCCUCAAUGGGUCCCGAGAAGCCCGCGCGAAAGAAUACGAAAUCGACCAAAGACCCUGCUGCCCCCGUAUCUCGAGCGAGAACGUCCCGAACAACCAAAACAAAGACAUCUGCCGACACUACCACUACCUUGCAGUCAAUUGUCGAUCAAGAUGCUGCCGGCCUCACGCUUCAGGAGAAGCUCGUCCUCGCGACGGAAGUGUUUAAUGUUACAUUGAAGACUCUCACGGAUGCAUCGAAAGUCACAACGACAAAACGCCAGCCUAUUUCCGAUCCCGCCUCGACAAAAUCCGGGAGAAGCAGUGUUGCCAGUCUUGACUCGGGGAUCUACUCCGCCGCCGAGUGUGCGCGCCUUGCACUAUCGACCCUCCGAACUCUGAAAAAUGACCAAGCAAGCCAAGAGUUGCCGAACAUGCAGCUCGAGCAAGGGGUCUGCGUGUUAGCGGGGAAGUUGAUCUCUCUGGGACUAAACGAUAUGGCGUGCAAGGAAUUACGAUCACUCAAGAGGAGGAUUCAACAACAUCUCAAUGCUAAAAGGGCGGGCAAGAAAAUUGCAGACUGCAAGGAUACAAUCUCGGACGAAGAGACUGGUAAAGAGAGGAUGUCCGAUCUGAUCAGUUUUUCGAAUCUCGCCCACGCGCAACCAGUGUACGGCCUGUUGGUCUCUUAUCAUUCGAAUGUGAUGCGAUUACUUGCUUCCGACAAGCGAGCUCCGACAAUACAGAAAGUUUGUCCUCUGCUGCAAUUAUCUGAUCCCAGCAGUCCGGCUCAGAUUAUUACUGCGGCUAUGAAAACCGGUGCUUUGGCCAGUGAUAAGGCUGCUCUUCAACUUCAACUCCUCUCCAAUACUGUCUUAUCUUUGAGCUCUGCAAAGCCUUCUACUUCAAAUGAAGAUUCGACAACGUCCAAAGACUCCACCAAGCCGCUCACAGCAUUGACGCUCCAGCUAUUGUCUCUCGAAAUUCGAUGUUUGGGGUGGAAGAUAUCGGGCCAUUUGUGCGAUGAGGGGAGGGAGAUGUUUGAUCCUCUGAUUAGAUAUCUUGGAAACUUCUCCCAGCGCAGCAAGGGUGUCGAAAAGACCGAGUUCUCUACAAUCUACAAAGCGAUCUCCCGGAUACAGUUGACAAUGGCCGACGUGAAGAAGAAGCCCCAAGAUGCGAAGGAUUUGAACCUGGGCGCUAAGAUCAUGACUAUUCUUGGCCAGCUUGCUUUGGAUGCGGGGUGCUUUGAUGAGUCUCUGAAGCUGCUUUCGCAAGCUAUCACGCCGUUCACGACAUCACAAAGUCUUUCUCUUGCUACUGUUCGAUGUAAGAUUGCUUCGGUCUACUUUCAAGCGCUGAAAGGUUCGACCACGUACCUGGAUGGGGCUUUGAAAUCUACUUCUGAGGCUACAGAUGCCCUUGGAUUACAACUCCGAGGCAGUGCUGGGGAUCUGGACGAGUUACUUGUUGAGGCUGCGAGAUUGAAAAAACUUGCCCUUGCUUGGUUUGGCGAUGCGAUGACGAAGAAAGUGAGAAGUGACACGGAAAAAAGUGAAAUCGCUUGUCAAAUUAGGGAAUAUCUACAAGCGUUCCUUCGAUUUCUCAGGCGAUAUGUUGGGCGUCCUCUUGCGGAAGAUGCUGAUGAUAAGGAGAUAGAGAUGUUCAAGAAUCGCAUCUCCAUGUCCAAGAGUAUCAUUCUUGCCGCCGUUGACUCGGCCAUCGCUGUUGGAAAGUUGUCAGUCAUGUCUCAACGACCGCCUUGGGAGGAUAUGCUUCCCAUCUUGACAGACUCGCAUCGCCUGCUCACUAGUGUUGAAAGUACCACCGACAGCGAAUCAGAUGAAACUUUGACGGAAAGUAUUAGUCUCGGACUUGUGAAGCUCUCCAACCUUUUCUGGUCUCGUUACAUCAAGGAGAAGGAAGCAGGGCAAGGUUAUCGUGAACUGAUCCCGCUGCUCAGACAUUCGACUCAAUUUCUCUCGGGUUGCUCUUCAUCCCACAGGACCACCGCCUUUGCCGCUCUCAAAUUCGAGCGGACUGCUCAUCUUUAUGUGGAUGGAAAUAUGUACGGCGAUGCAGAGAAAGCUUUCCGCCAAUCAAUAGCCGAGUACAUUGAUACUGGUGCCCUGGAGCAAAUGGGGGCAGACCAUCCUGCAAGCCUUUCGAGCUCGGCUAAGCUGGACCCGCAAAGUCCCAGCUUCAUGCUCAAUCGUGUUCUCACUGGGCUACUUAAGGUCAAACUUCGAGGCAAGGGGUCGAAGUCCUCGUCAUUUUAUGACGAUGGGAACCUGGAUGUGGAAGGGAGAGGCAUUCUUCUUGAAUGGCAGAUGGGAAUACUUUUUGAUCUGCAUAAUUACUCCUCCAGCGAGGAUGAUUUCCGCUCCAUCUUUACAUCUGUUGUAUCAAACCUCCUCGACAUCUAUUCUCCCGAUAGCAACCCCAUUCGCCAUGGGCGGGUCAUUCUCUCUGUCCUCAGAUUCUUGCUUGAGCAUCCCAGCGCCUUAGAUUCAGACAUGGCCGAGAAGGUAAUGGAAGAAGGAGCUCAGGAUCUGGACCGUGUCAAUCUUAUUGGUCAAGAUACAGAUCUGACUCCGUUUGCUACUCACAUCACGAAUUCACUGCGUGUCAUCAUCGGCUUCCACGAUGGCAAGAUGGAUGCCGGUGAGCUCGAUGACACGCUGGCUUCGUGGGCGUCUAUGGCCCGCCAAUGCUCCGACUGGGAGACACUGCUCGGCUGUGUUCACGACACCGAGUAUUGGGUUCUCCAACUGAAGGCCCUGGUUGAUUAUACCGAAAUUCACGGACUCUGGAAAGCCCAACUCAAUGCAUUGGAAUUGAUUCUCCGAGCGGCAGAACUUCAGAAAUUCGGAGACCUUUCAGACGCCAUUAUCAUUCUUUCACGUCUUGUCCUUCAACACUGUCAGCUUGGUCAUUGUCAAAAGGCCGGUAAACUUCUCUCACGCGGCGAGCAGUACCUCACUCAGCAUGAUGUUUCCUCCCUGGCCAGUAUUUCAUUCAAAUUGGCUAAAGUUGAGCAUCUCCUCGAGACGGGAGAGGUAGAUAAGGCGUCGACGACGCUUUCUAUGGCCAGAAAGAUGUACGAGAAGACUCAGAAAUCGGACGAGCUUAGUGGUCUCACCGUCUUGGCUAAAAUUUCUUGGGAGCGACUGGUUGCAGAUGCUGCUUUUGUUCAGUCUCGACUAUCGACUGCCCAAGGCUCAAUGACACAUGCCCUGUACUUUGCCAAACUUUCCGUCAGACUUAACUGUCGGAUCUGGGCGAAAGUCGAGCGACUGGCUCAGAAGAAGCAAGACAAGUCUCUCUCUGCAGCGGGAAGCUCUGAUAUGGACGCCGUUGCGGAGGGGGUAGCAAAGCUCGACCUAUCCCAGAAUGGAUCUUCCCCAGAUGUCUCGCCCAGCUAUAUCCAAGGUGCUCCAUUUUGGCCUCACCUGGGCUCGCAUCAUACCUGCUUGUUGAAUCUUGCAACUUUGUCGGCCCACCACGGUUUAUUCCAAGAUGCUAUUUAUUAUGGAGAGCAGGCUUUGAAGAUUGACAAGACCCUUGAUGCCAAUAUUCGACUCGUUGCUGCACAGACUCAACUUGGUUGCUACCGAACCAUCGGCGGCGAUGUUGUUGAGGGUCAAGAACUUCUUCUCGCGGCGUCGGAGUCUUCGAAGCAGUUGCCGGCCAGUGUUGAGACGGUUUCCCUGCAGAUGGCUCUUGCAUCGCUGUACAAGGCGCAGGGACACCAUGAUAAAGCUCUUCGGUUACUCCAGGAGGCUGAUAAAGUCAUCACUGCUGUCAUCUCCUCGGAUACAAUCAGUAUUUCGGAUGGACCAAACGUGGCGGCUUUGGAGGAGAAAAUGGAAAGGUUGCAAGUACGCACUACUCGGCGAGCCCAGGGAGCAGCUACCACAACUACUACGGCUACAACUGGUCGACGCACACGUUCAACAAGCUCGGCGGCAUCGAAUACGACUAUCACCAAUGCUAAGAGAACCUCGGCUCCAAAGACCCCACGACCAGAAGCCCAAGCUCAGUCGCAGUCACUUCUGCGGCUGAAGGGUGACGUUCUUCGACAACAGGCAGACUGCCUCCGUGCCCUACGUGAUUUCGACCGCUCCGCACGCACUCUCGCCGAAGCCCGGCAGUUCGCCACAGCUCGCGAAAGCAAGGUCUCUUUGGAAAUUGGGGAGAGUGAACAUCUCCUAGCCGAAGCCAUCCGCAAAUUCGCAAGUCACGCCGUCUACUGCGUCUUACCCGAGUCUACAAUUUCCUUGCCCUCCCUGAAGACACCUACCAAGAUCGUCGAAGAGAUCACUCCACCAGCGGCAACAAAGUCCACCACUGCCAGAAAGACGAGGGCCCCGGCUAGGGGAGUUCGUGGCAAGGUUCAAAAGGCAGGCGAAGACUUCUCGAUGAUGCUUUCUAAGGCUAGCGAUUGCCUCACGAGCGUUUUUGCUGAUGCUACGGUUCUUGGGUCGACGCUUGAAAGUCAUGCUGCUUCUCGACUUAUGAGUCGGAUCUCGAUGCUUUCUCAUGCUACCAAUCCUGGAGGGCCUGCGACUUUGGCCCAGUCACCCGCGAAUAUGAAUGAAAUUGGUCGGGUUGGCGCAUUUGCCCGGGAACGCAUGGCUAUCGACUUUGAUCGGAAACUCGUUGACUACGCAGACCCACUCCUCUGGCCAACUUCAAUAACCUCAACGAACGAGAUGGACGAAACGAUCUGCUCCAACUUCGCCGAGCAAUAUAUCGACAUCCUGCCCGAAAACUGGAAUGUGCUCUCCCUAUCUCUGAGCGCGGAUCAAACCGAGUUUGUCGUUUCGCGACUUCAGAAAAACCGCUCCCCGUUCCUUCUGCGACUCCCCUUGCGCAGAGGAUCGGAAGAUGACGAAGAGGAGCAAUUCACCUUUGAAGACGGCAAGGAAGAAAUGGCCGAACUCAUCAGAUUGGCGAAUGAGAGUGCCCACGCCGCGAAGCUGCAAACAGACAAGUCAAUGAAGAAAGAGUGGUGGAAGAACAGAGAAACUCUCGAUCGGCGCAUGGAAAGUCUCCUGCAGAAUGUUGAGAAUAUUUGGUUUGGAGGUUUUCGGGGUAUCUUUUCGCCUCUGCCUCGGGAUAGUACUGCGUUGUCUCGAUUCGCAGGUGCAUUCCAAGCCUUGCUGGAUAAGCAUCUCCCCUCUCGUCAGAAAGGUGGCAAGGCAGCAUCGGCAUCAGGAUCGGCAUCGCCUCGACUCACGCUCCACCAGAAUGUCCUGGAACUGUUUAUCGGGCUUAGGGAUCUCGAAGAACAGGAGGAGCCGGAGGAUACGCUGAUGGAUUUGUUAUACUUCGUCGUUGAUAUUCUCCAAUUUCAAGGAGAACGUAAUGCCUAUGAUGAAAUUGAUUUCGACAUGAUGGUCCUCGAUACCCUCGAUGCUCUGCGAGGAUACCACAAAGCAGCGAAAGAAGAACUAUCCUCCCAACAACCCAGCCACACUAUCCUCGUCCUCGACAAAGCACUUCACUUAUUCCCCUGGGAAUCUAUCCCCUGCUUGCAGGGAUAUCCCGUCACCCGCGUCCCAUCUUUAGAAUGUCUCCGCGAACGCGUUCUUCAAUUCCGCCCCUCCGCAUCCGGUACAAUUCUAGACCGGUCCUCAGGCGCAUACAUCCUAAAUCCAACCGGCGACCUACGCACCACACAAGAAACAUUUGAAAAAGAUCUCUCAGGACAAAAAUCAUGGGUCGGGAUAACGAAACGCGAACCCUCCGAAGAAGAAUUCCGAACCUCCCUCGAGAAUAAGGAUUUAUUCCUUUAUUUCGGACACGGUAGUGGUGCGCAGUAUAUUCGUGGUCGUACUGUCAAAAGACUUACCAAGUGUGCUGUUGCUUUUCUGAUGGGGUGCAGUAGUGGGAGUUUGACUGAGGCGGGUGAAUACGAACCGUACGGGACACCGAUGAAUUAUUUGCAGGCGGGGAGUCCUGCGCUUGUGGCGACGUUGUGGGAUGUUACGGAUAAAGAUAUUGAUCGGUUUUCGACGUCUGCGUUUGAGACUUGGGGAUUAUUGGGGAAGGGGAAGCAGGGCUCUUUGUCUGGUGCUGGUGCUGGUGCUGAUGAUGGAGAGGUUGGUUUGGAUACGGCUAUCGCUGGGGCGAGAAGGUCCUGUGUAUUGAAGUAUUUGAAUGGGGCUGCGCCGGUUGUUUAUGGAGUGCCGGUGUUUUUGGAAUGA